CUGCAGACAUAGUUCAGGAAAUGACAGAGACUGCGGUAUGUACUACAGGAGGUGACCAGAGAUGCAGACAUAGUAUUGAGAUGACCAGAGACUGCAGACAUGCGGAUGUACUACAGGAGAAUGACCAGAAAGACUGCAGACAUAGUACAGGAGAUGACCAGAGACUGCGGAUGUACUACAGGAGAUGACCAGGGACUGCGGACAUUACUACAGGAGAUGACCAGAGACUGCCAAAUACUACAGGAGAUGACCAGAGACUGCAGUAUGUACUACAGAAGAUGACCAGUGACUUGAUACAGUGUGGCGAUGGAGACAGCAGCAAUGGGGAGGCCGUACAGGGACCCAUGAGAGACUCCUGGAC